AAGUACUCAUCUUACCCCCGAAAGCGUAGUUCCCCUGGGUAUCUGAAAUCAAAGCAGAAAAUUUAUUUAUUUAUUGCCCAGACGAAUGCGUGCAAACAUUUUCAGUUUGAUGAGAAUCGUUCCCAGCUGUCGAGGGGCCUUCAGAGCGGAUGGAGGGAAGUGCAGGGGGCGGCAGUCUAUCAAAAUGAUGGAUGGCGCAGUUUCGUGGGGGGGCCAACAGCCCCGACAAAGUUUGCUCGGUGCCGAUGGGUUUUCAAUUGCAUUUUAAUCUCCCGGGACAGGGCAACAUGUUAAACUUUCGCUUUUCCUGCACAGAAUGAAGGGUAAUGUGGAGACCAGAUAUCGGGUUUGUUGCAGCCACAGCCUGAGCUGGUCAUGAUUGGGGGCAGGAGAUGCAGCGAGGCCGCCCGUCGGCUACGCCAGCGUCCCGACACCCUGGAACUGGCCGUGCUGGAUGGCCAGUCUCCCGUGGAGACAGAGCGACAGGAGGAUGAUGAUCGAAUCCCAUCAGGGGGACCGAUUAUAAAAGAUGAGGCCGAAACAGUGUCUCCAGUAGCUCCAGCCGCCGGGACGGCCAGCAGAAGGACCCGGUGGUUCCAGUUUGCCAGGUCCUCGAAGAAUCGAAGGAAACGUCUGCACUGUGAGGAAGAGGAGGAAGAGCAGGACCUGGAAGAGCAAGGGCGAAGGACCUCCGACAAAGAAAGCCAUCGGAGGGCAUGCCUCGCUCAACCGGAAGGCAUGAACAUUGGCAGCUCCACGCAGACCAUCGCCACGCCCCUGAUGAUGGGCGACAGCUUCUAUAGCCUGGCCCAGGGAGCACCUAAUCCAUCAGUUAGUAGAUCCGAUGACCAGGAGCAUUACAAGCAAAGGGAUUCCUCGGUGGCCUCGGAAACGAAGUCGACACGCAGUCUGCGUCGGCUUUCCCAGAUUAGAAGACGCCGCAGCUCGUACUACUUUUCGGAAAACGAACGCAGAAUCCGCGCCAAUGACAAAGAAUUUAAUGCGCAGUUCAAAUAUCACAAUAAUUACAUCAAGACCUCAAAGUAUUCGCUAUUCACAUUUUUACCCUUCAAUCUUCUGGAGCAGUUCCAACGACUGGCCAACUUUUAUUUCCUGUGCCUUUUGGUCCUGCAGUUAAUACCCGCUAUCUCCUCCCUUACGCCCGUGACCACAGCCAUUCCCCUGAUAGGUGUGCUCACGCUUACUGCGGUCAAGGAUGCCUACGAUGAUAUUCAACGCCAUCUGUCCGACUCGCAGGUUAACAAUCGCAAGUCAAAGACGCUGCGCAAUGGAAAGCUGGUGGACGCCAAGUGGUCGGAGGUUCAGGUGGGCGACGUCAUCCGUCUGGACAACAAUCAGUUCGUGGCCGCCGACAUCCUGCUGUUGUCCACCUCGGAGCCCAAUGGCCUGUGUUUCAUUGAGACGGCAGAACUGGAUGGCGAGACGAAUCUCAAGGCGAAGCAGUGCCUAACGGAGACCAUCGAGCUGGGCGACCGUCACGAUCUCCUCUGGAACUUUAACGGCGAGAUCCUCUGCGAGAGACCCAACAAUCUGCUGAACAAGUUCGACGGCACCUUGAUAUGGCGGAGUCAGAGGUUCGCUCUGGACAACGAGAAAAUCCUGCUGAGGGGCUGUGUCCUAAGGAACACACAGUGGUGCUAUGGCGUGGUCGUCUUUGCCGGAGUAGACACCAAGUUGAUGCAGAAUUCCGGAAAGACCCAGUUCAAGAGCACUGGCGUAGAUCGUCUGCUCAACUUUAUAAUCAUUGGGAUUGUCCUGUUCCUAGUGUCCAUAUGUGCUUUCUUCGCUAUUGGAUGUGCCAUCUGGGAGGGCCUGAUUGGCCAGCACUUUCAGCGGUAUCUACCAUGGGAGCACAUCAUACCCAAGGAUUAUAUACCUACGGGGGCGACGGUCAUCGGAUUGCUGGUUUUCUUCUCGUAUGCCAUAGUCUUAAACACAGUUGUGCCAAUCUCUCUCUACGUUUCAGUAGAGGUCAUACGCUUCGUACAGUCAUUCCUCAUCAACUGGGAUGAGGAGAUGUACUAUGCCACCACCAAUACCUAUGCCAAAGCCCGCACCACCACGCUCAACGAGGAGCUGGGCCAAAUCCAGUACAUCUUCUCGGACAAGACGGGCACCCUCACCCAAAACAUCAUGACGUUUAACAAGUGCAGCAUCAACGGUCGCACCUACGGCGAUGUGAUUGACCUCCGGACCGGCGAGCUCAUCGAGAUAACCGAGCAGCAAACAAUUUUCCAAAAUAGCAACAACACCAGCAACAACGUUCCCAGAGCGGCAGGUGGAGCUGCGGCAGCGCCACCUGCAGCCCCACCCCCCAUCAUCCUAGUGCACAAGGCCGAGGUCCAUGCCAAGAAGAGUUCCGUGGUGGUUACCUCCGACGGGGACACGCAAGUGGCCAGCAAUCCCAUCGCGUCUCCUACGCUGGACCCUUCCGAGCGGCGUCAGGGACGCAAGCAUGUGCGAUACUCGGCGCCCAGUAGAAGCCAGGAGGAUGACCCGGGAGGGCUGUCGCCCAGGCUUUCGGCAGGUACAGCCGGAGGCUCUGGCGAAAGCCUAAGUCCACCCAACGGAAGCGAGAGCCGGAGAAGCAGCAGCAGCGGGGGAUUGGGUGGCUGCUUCAAGCGGAGCGGUCAGAUGCAGCGCCAAUUGUCCCGCACAAGCAGCUGCGACAAAGUAAAGAUCUUGCAUGACUCCGAACAGACAGAACCAAACACCACGCACAACCAACCACAGCACCAUCGCAAGCGGCUGAUGAAGAUCCGGUUCAGAAAAUCCCCAUCAACAGUCACGCUGAGUGUCCCCUUCGGUCAGCUUGAGCACCAUCAACACGAGGGGGAGCCAUCGUCCACACUGCACCCAAACGACUCGAGCACCCAGCACCACCACCACAAUGCCACCACAUUCGCCACCAAUUGGAGUUCGUCGCCUCAGAGAGUGCACGCCAUUCAAAGCGUCGAUUUUUCGGCCAAUCCGCACCAUGAGAGCGACUUCCGAUGGUAUGAUCGCACGCUGCUGGACGCAGUCCGUUCCGACGAGGAGCACUCCCACGUGUUUUUCCGCCUGCUUGCCCUGUGCCACACGGUCAUGGCCGAGACGGUGGACGGUCGGCUGGAGUACCAGGCCCAGAGCCCAGACGAGGCUGCCCUCGUCUCGGCGGCCCGAAACUUUGGCUUUGUCUUUCGCACACGAACACCGAAUAGUAUUACCAUCGAGGUGAUGGGUCGGAUGGAGGAUUACGAACUCCUGAACAUCCUUGACUUCAACAACGUCCGCAAGCGGAUGUCUGUGAUCCUCCGGCGCGGUGACUCCGUGGUGCUCUACUGCAAAGGAGCAGAUAAUGUGAUAUAUGAUCGCCUGCAUGGCGGACAGGAAGACCUGAAGGCUCGUACCCAGGAUCACCUCAAUAAAUUUGCUGGCGAGGGCCUGCGCACUUUAGUCCUGGCCGAACGUCGCCUGACCGAGCAAUACUACAACGACUGGCGGAGUCGGCAUCAGGAGGCCGCUCUCUCCAUGGACUCGCGGGAGCAGAAACUGAACGCCAUGUAUGAGGAGAUCGAGAGCGAUAUGCAACUGGUGGGCGUAACUGCCAUCGAGGACAAGCUUCAGGAUGGCGUGCCCAAGUCCAUAGCGAAUCUACAGAAUGCAGGCAUUAAGAUUUGGGUCCUGACUGGUGACAAGCAGGAAACGGCCAUAAACAUUGGCUAUUCCUGCCAACUGCUCACUGAUGAGCUGGCAGAUGUCUUCAUAGUGGAUGGCAACUCCGUGGAGGAGGUGGAAAAGCAGCUGAGACAGUUCAAGGAGUCCAUAAAAAUAUACAAUCGAUUUCGACCAGGCGGAAUCGAGGGCUUUGACCGUAUGAAUAGCGACAUGAGCAUGGAUCCGCUGAGCGUGACCAUGACGCAAACUUCGGCCUUCAUGCAGGAGUCGAACCUGCCGCCCACGCCGCCUCCACCGCCUGCCAUUUCGGUGGUUACGUUUAGGUGGGAUGACAAAAUUAAGGAUAAUAAGGGCGGACCGGACAGUGCUGAAUGCAAUAAUUUGUUUGGCGAUGAGAAGAAAAGCGAGGACGGAGGAGCCGCCUCUAUUGUAGUGGACGAGAACACCGGCUUUGCCCUGGUGGUCAACGGUCACUCUUUGGUGCACUGCCUGUCCCCAGAGUUGGAGACCAAGUUUCUGGACAUCGCCUCCCAGUGCAAGGCGGUGAUAUGCUGCCGGGUAACGCCACUGCAAAAGGCGCUGGUCGUCGAGCUAAUUAAGCGUGCCAAAAACGCCGUCACUCUGGCCAUUGGCGAUGGCGCCAAUGAUGUUUCUAUGAUUAAGGCUGCCCAUAUUGGUGUUGGCAUUUCCGGCCAGGAGGGCCUGCAGGCUGUCCUGUCCAGUGACUAUGCCAUUGCCCAGUUCCGCUACCUCGAGCGAUUGCUGCUGGUCCAUGGUCGCUGGUCCUACUAUAGAAUGUGCAAGUUUCUACGCUACUUUUUCUACAAGAACUUUGCAUUUACCCUGUGCCAUUGCUGGUAUUCGCUCUUCUGCGGCUUUAGUGCUCAGACGGUGUUCGAUCCCAUGUUCAUAUCGGUGUACAAUCUGUUUUACACAUCACUGCCGGUCCUGGCGCUGGGCGUCUUCGAGCAGGAUGUGUCGGACAAGAAUAGCGUGGAGUUCCCACGCCUCUAUACGCCGGGGCUGAAGAGUGAGCUGUUCAAUAUACGGGAGUUCAUCUACAGCGUACUGCACGGCGCCUUUACCUCGCUCAUCCUGUUCCUUAUACCCUACGGGGUCUACAGGGACGGCGUCUCGCAUGAUGGCUAUGUACUGAGUGAUCACAUGACCCUGGGGGCCGUGGUGGCCACCAUCCUCAUAGUGGACAACACAGCACAGAUAUCUCUUUACACCUCAUACUGGACCGUUGUCAACCAUGUGACCAUUUGGGGCAGUUUGAUUUGGUAUUUCGUGCUGGACUAUUUCUACAACUACGUCAUUGGAGGACCCUAUGUAGGGUCCUUAACUCAGGCCAUGAAGGAUCUGAGUUUCUGGGCUACCAUGCUGAUCACAGUGAUGGUUUUAGUAGCCCCUGUCUUGGCCUACAAGUUCUAUUUGCUGGAUGUGCAUCCUAGUCUAUCGGACAAGAUUCGUCAAAAAUCAUUGAAGAAAAUUCAUUCAAGGGCUUCUAGCAGUGUCCGGCGUACGGCUUCAUCUCGUCGCGGACGUCGCUCUGUGCGUUCGGGCUACGCUUUUGCCCAUCAGGAGGGCUUUGGCAGGCUGAUCACCUCGGGCAAGAUCAUGCACAAGCUGCCGCAGGACUUUGCUUUCCCAUUGGGCCUGGGCACAAAGAAGACGCAGGCGCUACACAACAACCUGAACUCGGCCGAUGGCCCAGCCUCGAAGACCAACAACGUAUCCGGCCAGCACAUGGCUAACAACAACAACACGAAUCUGCGACACAAUCAGAACCAGAACCACUCGUCCAUGGCGGACAUCACUGGUGAUGGGGGCAGUGCCGGAGAUGGUGGAAGGGGCAGUGUUGGCACGGAUGACCUGAGUCCUCGGGCUCCCUGCCAGGACCUGGACACGAUCAAUCUCUAAGCUUUAGCGUGUUUCGGUACAAACACCAAACAAAAAUCACUAUAAAGAAUUUGAAUCAACGAACGUUAGGCUAAGUUUAAACAUUUAGUCAGCAGAUAGUUAAGGGAGAAGGGUGUGAUUGAUUUUGUUUUGUGUAUAAAUGUGUGCAGUCUUGAAACCUAAAACAAGUAUUACGAAGAUUCUUUGGCUUUCUACCGAUUUUGUCCGUUUUCAAAGUCUAGGUUUAUGUUUAUCCGUAAUUAUCUUCAAAGUAUUCUUAAAACCAAUAAUCCAAAGACAUUAUGUUUAAAUUCAUAUCACCAAAACUAGGAAUAAUUUCUUCGAAGGAAUCAAUAGAAAGCCUAUCUUAAGUCACAACUUCUAAACUAUCUUGCAUAGACCCAAAAGAGUGCACAAACAAAUCACUUAGACAUAUUUAUCUCAUCGUUGGCUGCAUUUAAGUGUGUGAAAUGGUUGAGUGAAUGGAUUUUACUGCAGUAUAGGUUAACGUUAAAUAGGGAUUAAAACGUCACUGGGAAGCUGAAAAGUGUACUUAAUUGCUUAAUGUCGUGCUGUGUGUGCUUAGCCAAUAAAACUCAGUGUAGCUUAUAUACCCAAAGCUGAACGAAAUCUCGUCUUAAGGUCCAUAGCUAUAUUCCAUAUACUCCCCCCACACAACCGACACACAUCCUACAGAUAGACGAGUCCACACUUCUGUGUUCCUAAUUAGAGUUGUAGAAGUAAAGCCUGCAUAUGCCUUAGAGAGUCCCUAGAAUUAAGUUUUUUAGCUGGGUUCCUCUAGGUGGGAUUCCCAUAAUUUUUUGGUUGUUACACAGGGGAGGGACAUUCGAAUUAGCGGGCUGUGGGUUCGAACAGUAACAAAGGUCAAAGUGAUUUAUUAUUAGAGCGAGCGUUGAUUGAGAUGGGUAGUUAAACGUGGCUUUUAAAUAUGAUUAGAAUAGGAAAUACCUUUUAAUACAUUAAGCAGAAUAUUUCGGGUACAUAUUUUUGCAUGACAGAAAACCCAACUAUUGAAAAUUGUUGGCAUCAACCUGUAACAAACACACUCACCGAGCGUU